GCGCCGGCUGCAGUGCGCCGGCUGCAGUGCGCCGGCUGCGGCGGCCAUUGGAGGGUGAACCAACGGCAAAGGAAGACCUUUCUCUCUGUCUCUCUCUCUCACUGUCCACUCUGCCUGUCAAAAAAAAAAAAAAAAAAAAAAAAAAAAAGAGAUACCUGCACCACCAUGUUAUAGUAGCACUGUUCACAAUAGCCAAAAUGGAAUCAUCCAAGGUGUACAUCAGCAGGUGAGUAGAUAAUGUGGUACACACACACACACACACACAGGGAUAUUAUUCAGCAAUACGAAAGUAUGAAACUCUACCAUUUGUAUCAAAAUUGAUGCUACUGGAGGAAAUCAUGUUGAGUGAGUGAAUGAAGACAGACAGAAAGAGAAAUACCGCCUAUUCUCCCUUCAAUGUGGAAGCUAAAGUUGAAAAAAAACCAAAAAACCCUGAAACCAAACAAAAAAUAAUAGAAAUAAAUCCCUGUGUUUAUCAGUACUGAGGCAAAUAUAAUUCUGUUAAGCUUUGUUUUAUAUCUUUAUCAAACCAGUGGUUAAAAAAUGCUAUCUUAUUAUAGUUUUAGUGAUUUGUGAUUAUUUUAAAAUUUAUUGUAUAUGAGUAUAAUGAUCAUAUAAUUCAUUUGAUUAUUGUUUAUAGCCCUUGCCUAUAUUCCUGCUGAACUAGAGUCUAGUGGAACAUUAAGUCUUUGACCAUAAUGUGUAUUAAAAUAUGUUAUCUCAAAAAUUAAAAAAGUAAGGAAGGAAGAGAGGAAAGAAGUAGAAGGGUGAGGGAGGGAAGGAGGGAGUAAGUAUCUUUAUUAGAUUGUAUCUACUAACUACAUUGAAUCUGUUCUCUUUGUAUUGAUAGCACAUUAACAGAAUUGAUGAAAAUUGUGUUGUAAUGAUUAUUAUGCAUUUGCUGUGAUGCUCAGAAUCUAAUGUAGUAAUAAAUUCCUUAAAUAAAAAAAUAAAAAAGAAAACCUAGGCCAGUCUUUUUUUUUUUUUCUUUUUCUGUGGUUGUUCGCUUUGUAAGAGACCUUCUUAUAGGUUUGUCUUUUCUACAGUAUCAUAUAAAUUAAAAUCAUGCAGAAUGUAGCCUUUAGUGUCUAUUUUCACGUAGUACAAUGCUUUCUGGAUGCAGUCUUGUAAUGAGGUAUCUUAGUAGUUAACUUCUUUCAUUUAUGAAAAGAAUUACGUUGGAUGAUUUUUACCAAAAUUUUUCUUCAUGGAUUUUAGUGGACAUUUUGACCUUUUCUAGUUUUUGGCUAUCUUAAGUGAAAGACCACCACAAAUCACACCAAACACUGGAGUUAAAGAAAAAGUUUAUUGUCUGGGGGAUGGAAGGGAUCUGAUAGGUUGGAGAGAGAGGGCAAGAGAGAGAGCCUGUGUGGAAAAAUAGGUCUUAUUUAUAGCUUUGCAGAGGUAAGCAAGUGGGAGCAGCGAAUCCCGUUAGGGUGCAGGUGGAGCUGAUGCUUCUGGUUGGGCCAUUUUGUCACCUGACUUCUAGUAAGCCAGGCUGGGCUUGGGACAGAAGUUUAUUGUACAAGAUGGCUAUGGGGCCAGAGCAUAAAACAGCAUCUGAGGUUUAAGGUGGUGCAUCAGAUAAGACAGCACUGGUUUUACUAGCAUUACUGCUUCAUUUUGUAGGCCUUUGUUUGAGCCUAAAUCCUCAUUUCACUUGGGUAAGUAAUUGGAAGUGAGAGUACAUGGUAUUUAUAUGCUUGACUUGUUUACAAAGAGUGCUGACCUGUGUUAUAAAGAGCCUGUGCCAUGUGAUAUUCCCCACAGCAAUGUUUCAGUGGUCCAGUUGUUCUAUCCUUAUUCAUACUUAUCAAUAGUCUAUUUAAAUUUAAGCUCUUCUAAUAGAUGUCUUGUAGUAACUCAUUUUGAUGUUAAUUUACAUUUUCAUGCUAAUGCCAUAGAGUCUUAUGUUAUUUAUAUGUUUUUUAAUAAAGUAUAUGUUAAAAUAUUCUGCUCAACUUUUGAGAUAUUUGCCAUGUUUAUUGUUCUACUCUGAGUUUUAAUGUUCUGAUGUGUAGAUUUUUUUUUAAAUAAUUUCAUUUAUUUCAGAGGGAAUCAUCCACUGGUUACCUCCCAAAUGGCUGCAAUGUAUAAUGCUGGGCCAGGGUCAGAGCCAAAGCUGAGACCCAGGAACUCAAUCCAGGUCUCCAGUGUGAAUGGUAGGGACCCAAUUACUUGAGUCAUCUCUGCUGCUUCCCAGAGUAUGCAUAAACAGGAAGUUAGAAUCAGAAGCUGGAUCCAGGGAUUGAAUCCUGGAGUUCUGUUGUGGGAUUCAGACAUUUUAACUGCUAGGCUAACCACCUGCUUCUCUGUUGUGUUCUUUUCUGUUUGUAAUUAUUUAAUUUUUAAAAAAUUUUUAAGUUAUACAAGUUUCAUAUAUUUAAUUUAUGUUGGUUUUGUGAUUCAGUUUUCCUUUGCUUCAGUUGUGCGUAUAGGCAUGGAAGUUUUUCAAUUUGGCAGAAUUUUGAAAUCCAGGCACAGAUUGUUUAAAAUGAACAUUUCCCAUGAACUAUUAGAAGAUUCCUUAUAUGCAUGAAUUUCAAAAAAUCCCUUUUUCAGGUUUCAGAUGUGGAUGGCAGGAACCCAAAGGCCAGAUUCCUUGCUUGCUGCUUCCCUGGGUAGCAGAAAGCUGAAAUUGAGAGGGAAGUCAGGUACUCUGAUGCGGGGUGCAGGUGUCUUAACCAGCAGGUUAACCAUUAGACCAAAUACCCGUCCUGGUAAAAGAUCUUAAUAGACCUUGAAAAUGAGAAUCUCAGAAAAGUAUAUUCAUUUUCUCUCUUUAUCUGUAUAUCUACUCCAUUCAGAUAUUGAACUAUCAGAUUUGCAGGGUUUGCAAAUGAAAAGUACACCAUGACUCAUGAAUCAUGUUAUCCUUAUGAAAGAUAAGCAUGAAAGGCUAAGGGAUCAUUUCUUUUUAAAGAUUCAUUUAUUUAUUUGAAACUCAGAGUUACACAGAGAGAGAAGGAGAGGCAGAGAGAGAGAGAGAGAGAGGUCUUCCAUCUGCUGGUUCACUCCCCAGAUGGCCUCAACGGCCAGAGCUGUGCCAAUCUGCAGCCAGGAGCCAGAAGUUUCCUCCAGGUCUCCCUCGUGGGUGCAGGGGCCUAAAGACUUGGGCCCUCCUCUAUUGCUGGAUUGGAAGUGGAUCACCUGGGACUCAAACCCGUGCCCAUAUGGGAUGCCAGCACUGUAGGCAGUGGCUUUACCUGCUACGCCACAGCUCCGGCUCCCAGAGAGAUCAUUUUAAAAAGUGGAAUCCAUUUGAGUUAGUAUGCAUGUGAAAAAAAUGUUUCCCACCUGUAGGUAUCUAGAAAUAGUAAUGUAGCAUUACUAUAUAAUAGUAUAAUAUUAUAGCAUUCACCUGUAAAUAAUUGAACAUAGUCCCAUCUGGGGCAAUUAAACCUUUUUCUAAAUAGCAUGAGCUCUGGAGACCAUGAAGAAUUAGAAUUGUUAUAAAUCUAAAUCAGAGUGUAGUCUCCUUAGCAUUCUGAUUAGGUGCCUCUGUGAUCCAAACAAUAAUUGCAAACCAGAAAGCUUAAUAAGUUACAAAGAACUCCUGAGGUUCUGUCUCCCAGAGCUGAGAUUUUAUAGACAAGUCUUUAAUUGUGUGGUUUCUGGGACUUUCAAUUGAAUACUUUUUUUUUUUUCUUUAAGGUGAAAAGAUGGUAUCCAGGACCUCCCUAUAUGCCACCAUAAAUAUUUGUUUUUUUUUUUUAAUUAUUAUUUAUUUGAAAUGCAGAGUUACAGAGACAGAGAGAGAUAGAUGUAUCCCAUCCACUGGUUCACUCCUCAAGUGAGUGCAACAGCCAGGACUGGGCCAGGCUGAUUCCAGGCACCUGGAAUUCCAUCUGGUUCUUUCAUGUGAGUGGCAGGGGCCCAAGUAGUAGGGCCAUCUUCUGUUACCUUCCCAGGCUCAUUAGCAGGGAGCUAGACUGGAAGUGGAAUAGUUGGAACUCGAAGUGGCACUCAUAUUAGUGGUUUAACCUGCUAUGCCACAAUACUGGCCCCCAGAUGAUGGAGCCACAGCUGGAAACAGCCUACUACCCUACAACACUGGCAACCAGAAAUUUGCUUUUAAUAUAAAUCUUGGUAAGACAUUGAUGUACCAUUAGUAUUUCCUGAAUAAAAUAUCCAGCAAUAGACAACCAAGUUCACUUGUCCUUGACUCUGUUAGGGCAAAGGUAACAGUGGAGAUAUCCUUUACUGGUGGAGCCUGCAGCAUUCAAGAUGGUGAUAGAGUGAUUGAGGAGGCAAAUGGGUUAUGUGAUUCUUCCCAAACCUAACACCCCAAUUAAAACCCCCCAAAGGCCCUAGCUGAGGAUUAAAAGGUUGAAAAAUACAAAACAAAGAUAGCAACAACAACAACAAUAGUAAAGUCACCUCUCCAUCCUCCCUGACUUUAUGAUUUUCUUAUUUCUGGCCUAAGGGUUCUCUUUAUACUUUGGGAGGAAUUUCUGGCCUAAGUGUAAAGACAUUACUUUAGCCAACUUUGAUGUAUCAGUUUUAGCAAAGAAGAAUAAUGAUAAUUGGAACAUUCCUCUUUGCCUUUGGAUUAUAUUUGCUCAUUUGGCUUUUUGUAGUCAACUAUAUUUUAUAUGAUAUUUGUGUAGGAAAUUAUAAAUAAAUUUUAGUUCCAUAAUAAGCUCCUUGAAUGGUGAGAUAGUAAUGGACAUAAUCAUGACAGGCUGAUAAAAUAAUUAUUUUACCAAAGGUCAUUCAUUAUAUAAUAAGCUAGUAAGUAGUAUCCUGACUAUGCCUGACAUUUUGUACUUGACUCCAGUAGCUUUCUAUGCAAUGAACCUUCAAGGAUAAGUAUAACAUGUGAUUAUGCAUGAUAUUUGAUUUUAAGGAUAAACAAGAAUGUUGUGCCAUAUUCUUUACUCUUCUAAUAUCACAGACCUCAUCAUUUAUGAUUUGUUUCAUUUAGUUAUAGAAUUCAUCUCAUUUUGUGAGUUAUCUGCUAAAUGAAAAUCUUCCCCAUGAGCCCAUUUUCUUUAGCUUUUCAGAUCAUGAGUUUUUUAGACAGGCAAGAAUGAAGCAUUCUGAUAGAAAUAGAUGCCUGAUGAAGGUGAGGAUGCUAAAAGAAUUAAAGCAACUGUAUGCCAACCAUUGUUCUAAGCCAUAGGAAAACAGUCAUAGAUGAGAAAUUGUUCCUUGUCUCAACAAGCUCCCAAAUAGUUGAAUGAAUAAAGUAUGAACUGCCAUUACUCUGUCUCCAAAACACUGUCUUUAGCAGUGCAAGUGCAUAAUUAUUUUUGAGGUAAUAUGAAAUAAUGUCAUAAUUUUUCUCAAACUCACAUCUGGACCUACUUGUUUGUCCCUGAAAAUUUGGAACUUUCAAGUGAAUGUAGUGUUUCAAGAGCAUCACAAACAGAUCAUCCAAAGCUCACCAGGUAUAUUCCACCAGGUGUCCAAGAGAAGCCUCCCUGCAGACUGGAUUCUGGGCUCCGAAUCAUCACUGACACAAUUUGCUUCCAUAAUUAGUCAAUACUGAAUUGAAUCCACUGCCUUUAUGCCACUAUCAAAGUUUUUUACAUAAUUAUUUCUACUUCUUUGUUCCUCUGUUUAUAUCUGAAUCUAAAUCUUGAAUAUGCCUGUAUAUCUUCUCAGUUUAAGUGAAUUAUCCUCAACUUCGAAAGCAAAGUUCAAAAUCUGCCCUUUCAUGAAGAUCCUCUUGACUGUUGAAGAUGAUAGUGAUUGAGAUGUUUGAUCUAUGAGCCCAAACCUUAUUGUGCCACACACGGUAUAUGUUUCUUCAUUCAUUCAGCAGUAAAUACAUUUGCUUGACUAACUAAUGAGGCUCCAAAGAGGCUUAUUUUUCUAUCAGUCUACUUAAUCUAUUGUAGAAGCCCCAAAUGAUAGGCUAGCUUGGGAACAGUUCUUACAAAUACACAAACUUGCAAACCUCAGGUGAUAAGAAAUUCUUGGGACUACUGGUCUUUAUAUUUCUAGAUAUUAAAUACUGAGACUGGGAAUGAAAGUCACAGUUCCUUGUUAUCUGUUCAGGAAGAAGUUAUAGUUCAUCCAUCUUAAUUCCUACAGUGAGGAGGGUAAGAAGAAAGAAGAGAAACUCAUCUGCAAUUUUCAGGAGGAAGAAAGUGUUUUGGAAUUACGGUGUUCAUCUUGUGUGGCCAUUAAAACGUAUUCUGAAAUUGACUGCUGAUUGUCCACAUGAGCCCAAAAGUUUCUGCAUGUUUUCAGGUCACCAAGACAUAGGAGUAGACAAAAGAGGCCAUGGGCAACCAUUUAAGCCUCAUUUGUUCUUUGACCACUGAUCUCAUUUAGUAGACUAGAGCUGAUGUUGUGAAUUAAUAUGUGAAAUCACCAGCUUUAAACAUAUUUACACAGACAUGACAAUGCACAAAGUGUGUUAAUGCCAUUGUCUUACUUGAUUUGCAUGAUAUUUUGAAGCAAGUAUUAUUUUUUUAUGGGUGAAAGCAUGACACACAGACUCUAAUGAGUUACAUAUUGCACUGUAAGCCUUAAAGCUGGAAUUGGAACUAAAUCUCGUGACUCAUGAUUAGGGCUCUUUUUGCCUCCUCUGUACUAAUGGUUUCUUUCUUGAAAGGGAGGCAAUUAAGAUUUGCCAAGUCAGGUUCAGAAAACAGUAUGUAUUCUAGACUUGUGCUGUCUAAUAUAUAACUACCUGGCACAGGUGGCUACUGAGCAUUUGAAAUGUGGCUACUUUGACUUUUGUAUUGUUAGGUGUAAAAUACACUACAGACUUAAAAAAGAACAUAAACUUCAUUAAGAUUUUUAUAUGGAUUACAUAUUGAAAUGAUAGUAUUUUGUCCACACCAAGUCGAACAGUCUACAUCAUUAAAAUUGAUUUUAUCAGUUGUUUUUGCUUUUAUAAAAAUAGGUUUCUAGGAAACCUUAAAUUUUCCAUGUGGCCAUGUUAUAUUUCUAAUGUGCAAUGCAAAGCACAUUCUACUUUUGAAAACAUCUUCAAUUGUCAUACGUUUAAUAAUAUUGUGUCAUAUACCGAAAUGUUUAAAAACCAUCUUACUAUACAUUCUAUUUUUUUUUUUUGACAGGCAGAGUGGACAGAGAGAGAGAGACACAGAGAAAGGUCUUCCUUUUGCCGUUGGUUCACCCUCCAGUGGCCGCCACGGCUGGCGCAUCUCGCUGAUCCGAAGCCAGGAGCCAGGUGCUUCUCCUGGUCUUCCAUGCGGGUGCAGGGCCCAAACACUUGGGCCAUCCUCCACUGCACUCCCUGGCCACAGCAGAGAGCUGGCCUGGAAGAGGGGCAACCGGGACAGAACCCGGUGCCCCGACCGGGACUAGAACCCAGUGUGCCGGCGCCGCAAAGUGGAGGAUUAGCCUGUUGAGCCACGGUGCCAGCUACUGUGCAUUCUAAAUUACAUUUUAAAAUGUAUUAAUAUAUAGAGAACAGAUUUCAUGAAUUUUAUAGAUAUGACUCCAAGAAUACAACAAUAUUUCCUCUCUCCUUCCCUUACUGCCUCCUCCCUUCUUUCUCUUAAUUUUUUUUUUUUUUUGAUAAUUGCUAACAACACAUGAGUCCCAUGAAUAAGGGUAGUGCUUUAUUUUAGAAGGUACUCAGACAUGCCAUCUAACAAAAUUUCAUCUCUGUUAUUAGUAGUUGAUUAGAUAUAGUAGAUGCUGGUUACCAUUUCUAAUUUUAAUGUGUAUUAAGACAUAUUUGUAUAACAUUUCUUCCUACAAGCACAACAGCAUAAUAGAAUUUUUUGUAACAAGCUGUUAAAUGUGACAAGCUGUUUAUUACACUGCUGUAGAACUGCAGCAUUCAAAUACAGGUGGAAAAAUAUUGAUAUAUAAAAUUGUGCAGUUUCUAUGUUUUAUUCAAGAGAGCUUUUCUUGAGAAGAUGCUUACAGAGACGAGCUUAAUGUGAUCAUAUAAUGUUUUUGGUACAGAGAUAAAAUAGGGAGAGGUUUAGAGGAGGGAAAAAAACAAGAAAGAAAAUUUCAGCUUCAAGAGGGAAUAAUCUAACAUACUACCUCUCAAACUUUGAUGUAUACACAAGCCCUGUCGGGAUCUUGUUAAAAUGCAGAUCCUGAUUCAGUAGGGGAUGAGGGUAGGACCUGGAGCUGCACAUAUCUAGCAAGUUCCCCAGGAGUACUGUUGCUGCUGGCCUCUGAAUCACACUAAUAACAAGGACAUGAGCCAAAAAUGUUUGUGGGAAGUGCAAUACUGGAAAGAGAGAUCUAACCAAGAAGAGCAGAAAACAGGACACUGGAAUAAAACAAAGACCACAGGCAACAUGGAAGACAUGUUUCUUUGAUGGCAUGCCCAGUUGGAUUAGGGGAAUGUGGGAAAAUUAAAUACAUUCUGGGAGUGGUCAGUGUAUUUGUGAUAUUUGGGAUAGAUUAAAGGAAUGCAUGGGAAAACCCAUGAGAUAAAAGCAGAAAACUGUACAUGAGUGCCCUCGAACACUCUUGAUAUUUUUGUGUAGUCUCUGUGACUACACUGUACCUGUGCAUGCUAAUUGAUGCGAGAGGGCAGGAAAGGAAGACUCUGAUGUUUUGGUAAUGGGCACAGGGCAACAGGACACUGUUUUGCAGAUGAUUGCCCAUCUCCAUCCCUGAGGAUGGCAGAAGAGCAGAUCCAAAAAAAUAUAUAUUCUGUGGAAUUUGAAACCUGCUCAGAGCUCAAGUUGCCAAAGAAGAUGUCCUUGUCCUAAUAAAGCAAUAAUGAUUGUGAUCAAAAUGACUCAAGUGACCUCUUGAAAAGCCAAGGAGUAACGCAGAUCCUGAGCUCAGCAACAAGAGAAAAUGCUGACUCAGAUGUCUGAGCAGAUUCCCAUACAAUCUCUGGACACAUGUGAGGAGGUGGAGGGGGUUUUGUGAGCUGCUCAACAUUCAGAGAACCAUGGUUAGAUUUCUCAGAGUUAAGGACAUGGUAGAUCCCAGAUCAGGCAAGUCAAAGAAGUGCAACAUCUUUGCCCUCUCCUGAAGAGAGGUGUGUUUGUAGACAGGAAGUGCUGUUUGGGUGCCUCCAUGAGGAACACAGAUAUCUGGGUGUUUGGCGUUUCAAUAUGGCAGCAGUUGAGCAUCAUGAAAUUCUCAGUGGCUUGGUGAGAGGUAGGCUUAUCCCAUAGGACGGCCAAAAAUUCAGAAGAUGGAAACACUUCAGGGAGGUCUGCUGUUAACCAACACCUACAUGUGCUGAAGUAUAAGAAGAAUAAACCUGCCACUUGGGCAUCAACUUACAGUUGGAUGAAAAAUAAAAUGAUGUAAAUACCCAUAUUUUCCUGAAAUGUGUUCUGAGCCACACUAGUGUACAGUAUGACUUGAAAAUAAGUAUGGGGAAGAUCUAUUAUCACAUAAGUUUGGAAAAGACUGUCUUGUGGAGUCCUCUAGGAAGACUGAGCCAUCCUUUGGUUAAGUUAACUCUGUGUAAAUCAUACAGUGUUUGGUCACUUAUUUCAUAUGCCUAUUAGCAACUCCUCAGGACUAAAAUUCUGUGGAACACUCUUGGAAACCUUGACAUAACUGACCUGUUCACAGGAAGUUCUGGAGAUGGGGUCAGCCUAGGUAACUGUGUCAUCAACAAAAGUAUCUUCACCCCCAGCCUCCUCUUUAUACACCUCUUGAACUGAUUUGCUUUAGACCCCAGCAUGGUCUGGGUCUUGUCUUCAGCAUUAAUCUUGCCUCUCACUCUGGAGUGAAAGGACUUAGUCAUUUUCUGAAGGAACUGGAGAGACUGGUGGGCAUAGGAACAUGUGUUGAUUGUUCAUAUAAUCUACAAGCAAGGUAGAUGUUCUUAAUGACUGUUUUUUUUCUGGGUGCUUAUUUUUUGGUUUUCAUCAUACAAAGUCAGUGUUUUCAUAAUUAGAAAUAUUUUGGCUCUGGGGAGUUGGAGAUAAGUGGGAUUCUCUCUGUCUAAUGUGACUCUUUCCCUCUCAUCUUCACAGAAUUAUCAAAGGAGGCUGACUAUGAGAAACCAUUCCACAGUGACUGUCUUUCUCCUUUCAGGCCUCACUGAACAACCAGAGCUUCAGCUGCCCUUUUUCUACCUCUUCCUAGGGAUUUAUGUAGUUACCACUGUGGGAAACCUUGGCAUGGUCACCAUUAUUAGGUUGCACUCCCAACUUCACACUCCCAUGUGCUAUUUCCUCAGCAGUUUAUCUUUUUUCGAUUUCUGCUAUUCUUCUGUCAUCACUCCCAAAAUGCUGGCUGGGUUUUUAUAUGGAGAUAAAGCCAUCUCCUUUUCUGGAUGCAUGGCUCAGCUGUUUUUCUUCUGCAUUUUUGUCAUUUCUGAAUGCUACAUGCUGGCAGCCAUGGCCUGUGAUCGCUAUGUUGCCAUGUGUCGCUCACUGCUCUGCAACAGCAUCAUGUCCCUGUUGGUCUGUUCUCUGCUGGUGGCUGCUGUCUUCUCAGUAGGUUUCACUGAUGCUAUGAUUCAUGGUGGCUGUAUAUUAAGGUUGUCUUUCUGUGGACCAAACAUCAUUAAACAUUACUUCUGUGACAAAGUCCCCCUCAUUAAACUCUCUUGUUCGAGCACUUACAUAGAUGAACUUCUGAUUUUCAUCAUUGGGGGAUUUAACAUGGUAACCACCAGCCUGACAAUCAUCAUUUUCUAUGCUUUUAUCCUCACCAGCAUCCUCUGUAUUCAUUCAAAAGAUGGCAGGUCCAAAGCCUUUAGCACCUGCAGUUCCCACCUGCUGGCUGUUCUUAUGUUUUAUGGGUCUCUCAUGUCCAUGGAUCUCAAACCUGCUUCUAGCAGUUCACUAGUCCAGGAGAAGGUGUCCUCAGUAUUUUACACCACGGUAAUUCCCGUAUUGAACCCCCUGAUUUAUAGUCUGAGGAACCAGGAAGUGAAAAAUGCACUGACAAAACUUUUAAGAAGAAAAAUAUCUUCAUAAGGAAUGUGUUCUUUAUUAAUAUUCAUUGAUAUAUUCAUACCCAUGUUUAUAUGUAUGUGGACAUAAAUAUAUACAAUAUAUGAGGAUAUUUCAAUAAAUUUAUGGAAAAUGGAAUUGAACAUUUAUUUUGGUUAAAAAAUUGAAAUUCAUGCAUAGAGCAGCUUUCAAAAAGUUGAUGGGUGUUAAUAUGAAAAAAACUAUAUAUUUCCAAGAUUAUUUGCACUAAACUAAACUUAUAAUUCUAUCCACACCCUUGUGUGUAUUUUGAGAUAACAAAAUAUAUGCACAAGAUACAACCAAGAUGCUGGAACAGGGAGGGAGCUUACUGGUCUUAUCCAAGGGAAGAUAGUUAAAACUUGGAGAGAGUCCAAUCUCAGGGAAGAGUUAGGUAGAAAAUGGCAGAGGUAAUUCCAUGCAAAUUAGUGGAACACUGUGGACCUACAGGGAGGGUGUGGAAGUGCACUACUCAGGACCCUAGCAGCAAAGAGCCUAAGCACCAGCUUUGGGGAGUGAGGUGAGACCAGACUUCAGCAGCCCAUGUCAGUGGUGAUGAAGCUGUGGGAAGAGCCUGGCAUGAGUUGGGCUUGGAGCCUUGUGCAGGGCAGUGUACCUGCCAACCCAGAGGGAAAAAAAGUAGGAACAUGUUUCUCUCUCUAUGACAACUGAGCACCAACAUCCUGUAACUAUCUGAGACAGAGCAGGCACCAUUUUGGACAUACGUAAAUGUACACCAGCUAAUGUCCAUGAGCCCAGCAUCCAGCUGAGCAGAAACACCUGAGUAUGGCUGGGAGGAAUGACAGGGCUGGGCGCUCGGGACUGUGGGAGCCUUGUGUGUUGGGACUGCGAAAACACUGUGGUUUUGUGUGAGGGCCCUGGGAGUGCCUGGGCCUUUGGGCAGUCACUGUGGCUGGCUCCACACAUUCUGGGCUCCCUGAUUCCUUGGUGAGGGUCCUUGCUGUGGGAGCUGUGCUCACACCAAGGACUGCAUGGAUCCUUUGUGUGGUUCUUGUGGCCGUGCGAAUGAAUACUGUACACACUGGGGCUAGCGGUCAGGCAUCGGUCUCCUUGGAGGAGAGGAGGUGAGCAUGAGACUUUGCCAACAGAGCAGAUUAAUCCUUCCCUCUGAUGAAAAAGAAGAAAAUAUUUACCAACCCAAUUUGCAUGUCACCUUGAACAAUCUCCUCACCCUGAAGCACUGAACAGAGCUCCCUGGCCACACCCAGAACUGAAAAAGCAGAUACUCCACUAAUCCACAGAGGCAUAGUCCAGAGAUAAAAAGCCAUCACAGGGGAAAAAAACAAAAAAACAAAAAAACAAAAAAAAAAACCAACCACCAAGUAUCUCCACGAAUGCCCAAAAAUAAAUGCAGCAGCUCAAGAGACAGGAAUAUGGAAGACAACAGGAUGCCUCCAAAGGAACACAGCAAUCCUUUAAUACUAGAAUGAGAAAUGAAGAGAUUGAAGAAAUUCUGGAAAUGGAAUUCAAAAAAUUGAUCAUAGGAUUACUUAGAAGUAAUCAGAAGCAAAUUUACAAAUUAAAGAAAUCCAUACAUGGCAUGAAUGAAUAUUUUUCCCAUGAAAUUGAGAUUUCAAAAAGAAGUCAAAAUGAAAUAUUGGACAUGAAGAAUUCAAUAGAACAAAUAAAAAAUGUGGUGGAAAGCCUAAGGAACAGACUUGUUGAGGCAGAAGAAAGAACAUUCGAGUUAGAAGGGAAAUCUAUGGAAAUUUUAUAGUCAGACCAAAAAAGUAGAAGAAAUUAGAAAACUAAAAACUAGUGAUGGAGAUUUAUGGGACACUAUCAGCUGCGGGUCUUAGGAGUUCCUGAAGGCUUGGAAAGAGAAAAUGGAUUACAAGGCCUACACAAUGAUAUAAUUACAGAAAACUUACCUAAUUUGGAGAAAGAAAGGAAUGUCCAAGUACAAGAAGCACAUAGAACACCUAAUAGACAUGACCAGAAAAGAUCUUCACCACGACACAUUGUAGUCAAACUCUUCACAAUAAAACAUAAAUAAAAGAUGCUAAAAUGUGUACGAGAGAAACACCAGGUUUCUUCCACAGGAUCUCCGAUUAGACUCACAGCUGACUUCUCAUCAGAAACCCUACAGGCUAGGAGAGAAUGGUGAGAUAUAUUCCAAGUCUUAAGAGAAAAAAACUGUCAACCCAGAAUACUGUACCCUUCAAAGCUCUCAUUUAUGAAUGAAGGUAGAAUAAAGACCUUCCAUAACUAAAACUGAAAGAAUUUGUCACCACUUAUCCAGCCUCAUAAAAGAUGCUUAGGGAUGUGCUACAAACAGAAGCCUGGUCAUCAGUAUGAAAGGUGAAGGCAGAAAAUCUCCCAGUAAAAGUACCAAGGAAAUAUAAGGUAAACAAUAGAAACAUUUAUGGAAAAAUGGCAGAGAAAUUGAACGUACUCUGAUUUUUUUUUGUAGUUCCUUAGAUUUCAGAAUAUCCUGUUACUGGGAAUCUAGCCACGUAUUAAGGCAAUCUGUUUUUGAAUCUUGAAAAAGAAGACAUUGAUUACAUUGCACUGUCUUUUUUUUUUCCUUCUCUUAUUACAUAUUAUUUUUGCGAUUACAGUGUUAAGUCUUGGUUCUUAUGUCUUUGAGCAGAAGAGUGUAUUAGUUAUUUUAUAUGAAUUUUUCCUUGUCUUUAAUACUCUGUAAGUGUUUUCCUGGCACAAAAUAAAAUACUUGGGGUCAUAUUAUCUGAAUACUUGAAAACUGAAAUUGAUAAGAUGCAUUAUGUAAUGAAUUAGUUUUUAUUUCUGGGUAAAAUUAGAAAUGAAAUAAAGAUUUGCACUACCUAAAGGAUGACAAUAAUGAUAGUGCUUAAAAGCACUAUGAGCCUUUUUGUGUUUGAGGCAUCCAAAAUUCAAAUGCUUACUAGAUUUUUCUCUGGAAAUCCCGCUCUUCUUUUCUGUGCUUCAUGAAUUUCCUCUUGUUAUUGAUGUUGUAGAACAGCAGGGUUAAAGUGGCAUAUAUAUAUAUCUGUGCUCAUUAUGAAUCCCAUAGUCUUUCUAGUUAGGAAAAAAUAGUCUCAAAAAUACUCAGUGUCAUUUUUAUUAAUAUUUUACCCACUAAUGUUAUUUUUAGAAAUCUUUAAUCAUUUUAAUAAGGUGUCUAUAAAAAUUUAAAGCAUUACAUAUUGCAUUGGACUAGUUAGUUAAGAGUAAAAAAAAAACCUAGCUUACUGGGACUUUAGAUGCUCCAUUAGUUAAAUUUCAAAUUUUUUUUAAAAAAAUUGUAUUUAAGUUAUACAAGUUUCAAAUAUUUCAUAUAUACAGAUUUAGGAACGUGGUGGGAUUCCGCCUCCCCCUCCCCCACCACCUCCCCACA